GACGGCGGGGCACGGCCACUUUUCUACCUCCAGCCACGGGCAACAAACAGCGAUACCAAGAACGAAGACCCUUCUGUCGAUGUCGCUGUGUUGACGAGUGAGGAAUAUUCGUGAUUGCGGACGACACGGCAAGACAACGAAGACGGAAAACUUACCGAAGUGAAAGUAAAAGUAGAGACUAGUUGGGAGGAUUUGCCGAAUCCUUCGCACGGUACUACUGCUCACAGGGUAUUGUGUAUGCCAAAUUGGAUCAGUAAGAAAGAAUUGAAAAACAUACAUCUGUUUCUGAUUGUAUCAAUAUUUUAUGUAUCACGGAUGGUUAUUUAGAGGAGUAGAGUCCAUUUUUAAUUAAAGUUGAACCUUCUAGACACUAAAGAGCAAUUUCUGGUAUUUUUCUUACACAGCAGUACAAUUCUAGCUUUAAUAGAUUUUACUUUAAUAAAUUUUAACUUUAAAUAGAGUUGAAAAUAACGUUUGAAUUGUAGCUCAAAACCAUAAUGGAUACUGUAUAAUGACACGCCGCUAUUAGCCUCCUAUUUGUGUUUAUUAAAGAUUACUCCUCUGGCCACAUUCUGGAGCAAAUCGAAGAUUGACCCUGCCGUUGGUAUAGAACAUGCAUCUCGGUGUGAAAUUAAUUUCAUCCUUGUAGCAAUGACUUAUGUAUCUAGGACGCCUCUGCUUUGUUGUAUAAGUUUUCAGUUGGCUUUUAUUAACUGUGUUGGAAACAGCUGUUUCAAGUUUUAGACCUUUCUUGAUGUGAAUUAGAAAACGAUCCACAUUCAAUAUCACAUGUGGGAUACUCGGCCAUAAUCACAUUCAAAGCUUGCGACCUGAUAAUUCUCAUGGAACAAACAUUGCCAUUUCUCGCUCUGGAUAAAAGCAAACCCCCCCGUUAAUCCUCGUUACUAUCUACAACUGGCUAACGGCAAUAUUAGAUAAUGGUACCGCACAUAUCAACAGAAUCUUGAAUCUUUGGCAUGAUUCUUGUGUCUCGUGAAUUAGACGAUGCCCGUCGAGCGCAAUUUCUAAGGCGUAGAUGUUGUUGCAUUGUGGACCUGUGCCAAAAAGCGUCCUUGUGUCAAUUCGACGGCGACAUUUUGCUUUGUCACUGUCCUGUCUCCUCCCCCCUUCCCACAAACGUGAGGCGGAAUGGAAAGGGUAACCUUCAAUCGUUGAGAGCUUAAAGGUUAUUCAGUGCUUGCAAUUUAAAAAUUCUCGUCAUUUACGUUCCCAGACCAGCACCAAGUUAUGUAUGUGAAGCGGGUUCAGUUGCGUUCGACGUCUUUACUGCUUAUUGCAUACUGCCAGCCCUAAUAUGAAUUGAAUAUUGUGCUUGAUUAAACAUAUAUGUCGUGUCCUAAUUUGUUUAGAGUGUUUGGUAACUGUUUUAGAACGAUUUGUCGUGCUUAGGUAACUGUAGCCAUAUGUUAAAGCAGUCAUCGGAAUGCGCCAGUUCGCAUAUAUUUUAACUGCAAAUGGUUAAAAAACGCGGAAGAAUCUUAAAAAUGAAAGAACCGCUAUACGCCAGUUACCAUUCUGUGGCUUAGAAUCUAUCUGAAUUUUAUGCGACGUUUUAGACGUUUGCUUUGGACAUUUAUCGUUUAUAGCCGCCAAACUGACGGGUCUCUAACAUGUGCACACAUGGAUAGGAUAGCUUGUUUACUUUGAUUCUAAUGAUGCGAUCGCUUUUCAACACAGAAAGACUUGCCAUACUACCAAAGAUACAGUAUACGGUUUUGCCCUUUGAAAACGUUCGAGGCACUUGCUUUGUGUAAGGUUUGGAUUUUAGAUUAUAUACCUAUUCUGUGCAAGGUCGUCCGUAUGGUUCUGUUUGUCUCGUCUCAAUGCUUCUACAACAUAUUGAUAAAUCCAUACUACAAUGUAAUAUUAGAAAUCGUUGCAUCCAAUGUAAUGUACAAUACUAUAAAGGUAAUCUAGCUCCUACUGUUCUCCUUCGAAUAUAAAAAUAUCAAUAAUUAUUCAAAAACUUACUCUGAGCGUCGUUUUUCUUCUGAAAUAUCAAUUCCUAGAUGGCGAGCUAAUUCCAAGCGAUUUGAUUGCCUAAAAAGAAACUAUAGCGUUUGCUUUUUACUUUUGUCAGAUCGCGCGAAAUAGAACUGUGCAAGCGGAAUGAUUAUUGUGUAAAAUUAUUGAAUGUUUAGGGAAACGCGCGCGGAACUUCAUUGAUUUUUUGCCAGUGUAUCUUAUUAGGUUGGAAAGAAAGCUUCGGCGCUCCGUUUACUGAGUAGAAAACAUCACAAAUUUUUUCUUAUUCCCGUAGCAAUAAGAUACAAUGUUGUGUAUCUCUUGCCAUUCAUCACUACUUUCUCCUAUCUAUUCACCGAAUGAGGUAUGCUGUUUCGCCAGAAAGUACCGAUGUCCGUCUCGAAAAGAGUUUUCCAAUAACGUUAUUAAUCCUUGCCGAAAGUAAAGUAAGGAACCCCUUGGGAAAUAGAAAAUGUGAAAAUCUAUCGGUUCUGAAGUCCUGAGAGCAUGUAAAGUGCAGCAAAACGUUCCAUUCGAGGGCCAGGAAAGCAGCUUUAACGAUGUUUGCUGUGUGUUGCCUUGCGUUAUCAUGGAGCAGAAUUACCUGAUCUUGUUUGCUCGGUCUCUUGUCUUGAAGAGUAGGGUUCCCUUGACUCAAUUGAUUCAAAUUGAUUUGAUUGUACUUUGCCUUCUCUCCAAUUUUAUGCAAAAAUCGAUUGUUAAAAUCGCUUCACGAUUGAUAGUGGACGAGAUGCGAAGACACAGCGGUAAGCGGGAUUCAGGAAAUUCAUAAGGUCCCCGAGAUUCUAGUUAAUGUGUAAACCCAAAGGACUUAAGGUGCUUAACGACGGUUGUGUCACUGCGGCCCAUCUUUCCAACCAAUUCCUGAGUUGUCUGUCAGUCGCCUUCCCUCAAAGGUAUCUUCAAAUGGUCGUCAUCAAACUCGGAUCGUCGGCCGGAGGAAGCAUCCGUAAGAAGAUGCUACGUUUCGACGGGCGUGUCGCCGUGGUGACGGGUGCCGGAAACGGUCUCGGUCGUGAGUACGCGCUUCUGCUUGCUUCUCGAGGUUGUAAGGUUGUUGUAAAUGACCUUGGAGGCGGUCGCGAUGGGCAGGGCUCUUCUUCUCGACCAGCAGAUGUCGUCGUUAACGAAAUUAAAAAGGCUGGCGGAGAAGCCGUAGCAAAUUAUGACAGCGUCGAGAACGGACAAACAGUUAUUGCCACUGCUAUUAGUAACUAUGGCCGCGUUGAUAUUUUGAUCAACAACGCCGGAAUUCUUCGGGAUAAAGCUUUCGUCAAUAUGACCGAAGCUGAAUUCGAUAUCAUCCAUCGUGUCCACCUUAAGGGCUCGUAUUCGGUGACAAAAGCUGCUUGGCCAUACAUGCGCAACCAGAAUUAUGGUAAGAUCAUAAUGACUGCAUCGGCAGCUGGUAUCUUUGGAAAUUUCGGUCAGGCCAAUUACGCGUCGGCAAAAUUAGCCUUGCUGGGUCUGUCUAACACCCUGGCCAUCGAAGGUCGCAAGUACAACAUUGCCGUAAAUACGAUAGUACCUAUAGCUGCAUCUCGUCUCACCGAGGACAUCAUGCCAUCUGAGAUAUUCGACAAGCUCAAGCCUCAUUUUGUUGCCCCGGUUGCAGUCUGGCUUUGUCAUGAAGACUGUUCAGACACAGGUGGAUGCUUCGAGGCAGCUGGCGGUUUUGUGGCUAAGUACCAGUUCUUCCGCUCAAUUGGAAAGGCUUUCACUAAUGAGAAGUUGACGCCUGAAAGCUUGCGGGACAACUGGAAUACCGUUACGGAUUUAACGGGAGCCCGACCUCUUGGCAAUAUUCAGGAGCAAACGAUUUCUGUUGUACAAGCUCUCUCUGGUGAGAAUUCUACUUCAAAUGCCGUACUACCCGCACCCCGUAGCCAAGCGUCGGCUGACGACCCGUCACUGUUUCAGUACAAUAUUGAUUCGGUCAUCCUCUACCAUUUGGCUGUUGGAGUAUCAACAAAACAGCCCAAUUGCUUGCGAUUUCUCUAUGAGAAUGCGGAGGACUUUAGUGUACUCCCAUCGUUUGGCGUGAUUCCGCCCAUGAGCGCUGUGUACAACUCAGAGGAGCUACAUGUAGCCAUUGCCAGGGUGAAAGGUGACCCUUCCCGCAUGCUUCACGGCGAGCAAUAUCUCGAGCUGCUAAAGCCGCUUCCAACCUCUGCUGCUAUAAAGACUGACGUGCGCAUCGUAGAUGUUCUUGAUAAGGGCUCGGGGGCAGUGGUAGUUAUUGAUGCUGAUAUGAAAGACGCCACUUCCGGAGAGCUCCUGGCCCGUUCUCAAUGGGUUGUGUUCUUCGUUGGAGCUGGAAACUUCGGUGGACCUCGCUCAUCUAAAAAGGUGAUUCCCACAGCACAAAUGCCGGCCCGCGAACCUGACGCUGUCUUGGAAGAUCGUACCAGCAUCGACCAGGCAGCCCUGUACCGGCUUUGCGGCGAUAAGAACCCGUUACACAUUGAUCCAAUGUUUGCUGCAAUGGGCGGGUGGCAACAACCUAUCAUGCACGGUCUUUGCUCUUUGGGUUAUUCGACCCGUCACGUAAUGCAAGCUUUCGCCAACAACAACAUGAAUGCGUUUAAAUCACUUAAGGUUCGUUUCACCGGACCGGUAAUACCUGGAGAAACAGUGCGGACUCGUAUGUGGAAGGACGGAUCUCGAGUGCUAUUCGAAACUGUAGCUGUCGAAAGUGGUAAAACUGCCAUUGGAGGCGGUAUAAUCGAAUUUCAUACUCCCAGAGUUUCUGACACAGUGCAGACAGUAUCAUACCAGCCCGACGGUAAUAUGGCUAGCAAACCUGAACUAAAAACCGAUAUGGUCUUUGAGGGCAUGCGGUUCCGUAUAGAGGAACAACCUGAACUUACUGGAAAGAUUCAGGCCAUCUACGAGUACAACAUUACUCAGGAUGGCAAGACUGUGGCAACAUGGACUCUUGACCUUAAAAAUGGUGACGGUUCUGUUUAUGAGGGUGCUUGCAAGGAUGGAAAGCCUAACUGCGUCGUGACAAUUAGCGACGAUGAUAUGUUUAACAUGGCGGUCGGCCAACUCGAUCCACAGAAGGCGUUCAUGACGGGAAAGUUAAAGGUUAGAGGUAACAUUAUGUUGAUGCAGAAAUUGCGUCUUCUCCUAAAACCGCCGCCAGAGAAAGAAAAGAGCGGAUCACUGGCUGCUGAAUCCUCUUCAAGUGACACCAGUGAACUACGUUGCAAAGAAAUAUUUUCAACAACAAACACCAAGGUGAGCAGAAGUCCUGAGCUGGCGGCCGAUAUCCAGACUAUCUUCCAGUUCGAUAUUCUCAAGGGAGGCCAAGUAGCAUACCAAUACACUCUUGACUUGAAAAACGGCAAAGGAUGUGGCUACGAAGGUCCGGCUAAAGAGAAGCCUGACUGUAUUCUCAUUAUGGAGGACGACAUUCUCGAUAAAGUACACUCCGGGAAGCUUGAUGCCCAGCGCGCAUUUAUGACCCAGAAACUCAAGAUUAAAGGUAACGUUUUGGCCAGUCAGAAAUUGGCUGAAAUUUGGGCAGAUGAUCAGGAUAGUUUCGAUGCGGAAAGUCCGGUGGCCGUAUCUGCUUCCAAGUCUGCAGGCCUGAUUGCGCCGUCCGGAGCACCCAAAACUGUAAAAGCUGACUUCAUUUUCAACAUCUUCCUGUAUCAUUUACGCCAGGAUCCCGCAAUGGGUGAACACAUUGCUGGCCUUGUAAAGUGUAUGUACCACUGGGUCAUUCUACAAAAUGGCAAGAAGGCUUCGGAAUGGACAUCGGACCUAAAGACUGGAAAAGGAGAUCUGUACAAUGAAGCACCCCGAGGAGGAGCUAACACAGAGGUUCAGAUUACUAUUGACGAUGAGGAUUUGGUGCAAUUGAUGCUGGGUAAAUUAAACCCACAGAAGGCGUUCAUGCAGGGACGACUGAAGAUCCGCGGAAAUAUCAUGCUUAUGCAGAAGUUCAAUACGCUCUGGCAGGAGAUUGUAAAGAGCGGACGAGUGGUAGAGCUCAAGCUCAUGGCACCUCUGCUAUCCGACGGACAGCCGUUGUCAUCCGAACUCUGGAGCGACUACCAAUUUUUCCGGCUAACACAGAGGUUAGCACACCUGCCUGAGCUCGUGCAAGCUUCACAAGGCCGAUCAUUCCAUUUCCGUGUCAGUCAGGCUGGCCAACCUCGAAGCGAAUGGACCAUCGAUUUGAGUACCCCGCCAGGUGCCGUGUACCGGGGCGCGCCAAAGAAUAUUGGCAAAGUGUGCGAGAUUACCAUUGAUGACCUUGCUAUCCACCACUUGGUCGAGGGAUCCUUGACUCCGCAAACAGGAUUCAGUGAGGCCAAUGUUAGUGACCGUCCUGCGCUUGAGGGCCUUAUGCCUCUGUUCUUCAGCAAAGCUAAACUCUAAACAAAGCAAUAUUCAAAACGCGCUAUACUCAAUGGGGAACGAUUAAUGCCGUCAAAUAGUGUGCAUCAAGCUAUCUUUUCUUCCCAUUGGCAAUACCUGACGAAUACGUACAAUGUUAUCUACGUCGCGCUUAUCAUAAAAAGGACGACUAGAUCUAUACACCAUACAAGAAAUGACGAACAACUAUAAUCAGUAUAUGCUCACUCAAUCUA